ACACCCUCCUGCUUCUGCUGCAGCCGAGCAGAGCUCGGGCCCUCCAGGGGAGGGAGCUGCCGCCACCGACGCCUUGUGGCCGGACAGUGAGCGGGCGAAGAGAGCGAGCAAAGGAGGGAAGGAGGGAACGAGGGAGGAGCAGCGGGUGGGAGGUGGGAGGGAGGAGCAGCAUGAGCCGCGCCGCCGCCGAGCUGCGAUGUGGCCGGCCAAACGGCGUGUAAACAGACGGAGCAGCAGCGGCCGCUGCCGCCCGGGCUCGGGGUAGUGAGUCCGCCCGCCCGCCGAGACCCUCCCGCCGACGCUGCCAUGGCCGAAGUGCGCAAAUUCACCAAACGGCUCAGCAAGCCCGGCACGGCCGCUGAGCUCCGGCAGAGCGUGUCGGAGGCCGUGCGGGGCUCCGUGGUGCUGGAAAAGGCCAAAAUUGUUGAGCCCCUGGACUAUGAGAAUGUUAUCGCCCAAAGAAAAACCCAGAUUUACAGCGACCCCCUCAGAGAUCUGCUUAUGUUUCCCAUGGAAGAUAUCUCUAUCUCGGUGAUAGGUCGUCAGCGCAGAACGGUGCAGUCCACUGUACCAGAAGAUGCUGAAAAGAGGGCCCAGAGUUUAUUUGUCAAAGAGUGUAUUAAAACCUACAGCACAGAUUGGCACGUGGUAAACUACAAAUAUGAGGACUUCUCUGGGGACUUUCGAAUGUUGCCAUGCAAAUCUUUGAGACCAGAAAAGAUUCCUAAUCAUGUAUUUGAGAUAGAUGAAGACUGUGAGAAAGAUGAGGACUCAUCUUCUUUAUGUUCUCAGAAGGGUGGUGUGAUAAAACAAGGCUGGUUGCAUAAAGCAAAUGUAAAUAGCACCAUCACAGUAACCAUGAAGGUAUUCAAGAGACGAUAUUUUUACUUGACCCAACUUCCUGAUGGUUCAUAUAUUCUCAAUUCCUAUAAAGAUGAGAAAAAUUCAAAAGAAUCGAAAGGUUGCAUCUACUUGGAUGCCUGCAUUGAUGUUGUUCAGUGCCCCAAAAUGCGCCGUCAUGCUUUUGAACUCAAGAUGUUAGAUAAGUAUAGCCAUUAUCUGGCUGCUGAAACUGAGCAGGAAAUGGAGGAAUGGUUGAUAACUUUGAAAAAGAUUAUUCAGAUCAAUACCGACAGUUUAGUGCAAGAAAAAAAGGAGACGGUAGAAACAGCACAAGAUGAUGAAACUAGCAGCCAAGGAAAAGCCGAGAACAUCAUGGCGAGUUUGGAAAGGAGCAUGCAUCCGGAACUGAUGAAGUAUGGAAGAGAAACUGAACAACUAAACAAACUCAGUAGAGGAGAUGGAAGACAGAAUCUCUUUUCUUUUGAUUCAGAAGUUCAGAGGUUGGACUUUUCAGGAAUUGAACCCGAUAUAAAGCCAUUUGAAGAAAAGUGCAACAAACGUCUCCUGGUAAAUUGCCAUGAUUUAACUUUCAAUAUCUUGGGCCAAAUUGGAGACAAUGCAAAAGGACCACCCACAAAUGUUGAGCCCUUUUUUAUCAAUCUUGCCUUAUUUGAUGUAAAGAACAAUUGUAAGAUUUCAGCAGACUUUCAUGUAGACCUGAAUCCCCCAUCUGUCCGUGAAAUGCUGUGGGGCUCUUCAACCCAACUGGCCAGUGAUGGUAACCCGAAAGGCUCUUCACCUGAGUCUGUCAUUCAUGGAAUUGCUGAAUCUCAGUUACGCUACAUAAAACAGGGAAUUUUCUCAGUGACAAAUCCACAUCCUGAAAUUUUUCUAGUUGCAAGAAUCGAAAAGGUACUACAGGGAAACAUUACACACUGUGCAGAACCCUACAUCAAAAAUUCUGAUCCAGUAAAGACGGCCCAGAAGGUGCACAGAACAGCUAAACAAGUGUGUAGCCGCCUUGGACAAUACAGAAUGCCCUUCGCUUGGGCUGCCAGACCUAUUUUCAAAGAUACUCAAGGCUCCCUCGAUCUGGAUGGGAGAUUUUCUCCUCUUUAUAAACAAGACAGUAGCAAGCUCUCAAGUGAAGACAUUCUCAAGUUGCUCUCAGAAUAUAAGAAGCCAGAAAAGACCAAACUGCAGAUUAUUCCUGGGCAGCUAAACAUCACAAUAGAAUGUGUUCCUGUGGAUUUAUCAAAUUGUAUUACUUCUUCAUAUGUGCCCCUGAAGCCUUUUGAAAAGAAUUGUCAAAAUAUUACUGUGGAGGUUGAAGAGUUUGUUCCAGAAAUGACAAAAUAUUGUUAUCCAUUUACUAUUUACAAAAACCAUCUGUAUGUAUAUCCCUUGCAAUUAAAAUAUGAUAGCCAGAAAACAUUUGCCAAGGCAAGGAACAUUGCAGUCUGUGUGGAAUUCCGGGAUUCAGAUGAAAGUGACACUAGUGCUCUAAAGUGUAUUUAUGGAAAACCUGCAGGGUCCGUUUUUACCACAAAUGCUUAUGCUGUUGUCUCGCAUCACAAUCAAAAUCCAGAGUUCUAUGAUGAGAUUAAAAUUGAGCUUCCCAUUCACCUGCAUCAAAAACAUCAUUUGCUUUUCACUUUUCAUCAUGUAAGUUGUGAAAUUAACACAAAGGGAACAACCAAAAAGCAAGACACAAUUGAAACUCCAGUUGGGUUUGCCUGGGUACCUUUGCUGAAAGAUGGUAGAAUCAUCACAUUUGAGCAGCAGCUGCCAGUUUCCGCCAAUCUUCCCCCAGGCUACUUGAAUCUGAAUGAUGCAGAAUCAAGAAGGCAAUGUAAUGUCGAUAUUAAAUGGGUAGAUGGUGCAAAGCCUUUGUUGAAGAUUAAAAGCCACUUAGAAUCUACCAUUUACACUCAAGAUCUGCAUGUGCACAAAUUCUUCCAUCAUUGCCAGCUGAUUCAGUCAGGCUCGAAAGAAGUUCCAGGGGAGCUCAUUAAAUAUUUAAAGUGUUUGCAUGCCAUGGAGAUCCAAGUCAUGAUACAGUUUCUACCUGUAAUUCUUAUGCAACUCUUCCGAGUUCUCACAAAUAUGACCCAUGAAGAUGACGUUCCUAUCAACUGCACCAUGGUUCUCUUACAUAUUGUAUCAAAGUGCCAUGAAGAAGGCUUGGAUAGUUAUUUAAGAUCAUUCAUAAAGUAUAGCUUCCGACCCGAAAAACCAAGUGCUCCUCAGGCCCAGCUGAUACAUGAAACCCUGGCUACUACAAUGAUAGCAAUAUUGAAACAGUCUGCAGAUUUUUUAGCAAUAAACAAAUUGCUAAAGUACUCAUGGUUUUUCUUUGAAAUAAUUGCAAAGUCGAUGGCCACAUAUUUGUUGGAAGAGAAUAAGUAGCGCUGCUUGACACUAAUGGAUAGAGGAUUUGUUUUCAAUUUGAUAAAUGACUAUAUAUCUGGAUUCAGCCCCAAAGAUCCUAAGGUUCUGGCUGAAUACAAGUUUGAAUUUCUGCAAACAAUUUGCAAUCACGAACAUUACAUUCCUCUGAAUUUGCCAAUGGCAUUUGCAAAACCUAAACUGCAGCGGGUUCAAGAUUCAAAUCUCGAAUACAGUUUAUCAGAUGAGUAUUGCAAGCAUCACUUCUUGGUUGGUCUACUUCUGAGGGAAACUUCCAUUGCUCUUCAGGACAAUUAUGAGAUCAGAUAUACAGCUAUCUCUGUCAUAAAGAAUCUUUUGAUAAAACACGCAUUUGACACAAGAUACCAGCACAAGAACCAACAAGCCAAAAUAGCACAAUUGUACCUCCCCUUUGUUGGACUGCUUUUGGAGAAUAUCCAGCGAUUAGCAGGUCGAGAUACCUUGUAUUCUUGUGCAGCCAUGCCUAAUUCUGCAUCCAGAGAUGAGUUUCCAUGUGGCUUUACUUCACCUGCCAAUAGAGGGAGUCUGAGCACUGAUAAAGACACUGCUUAUGGGUCUUUUCAAAAUGGACAUGGAAUUAAGAGAGAAGAUUCAAGAGGCUCCCUUGUCCCAGAAGGAGCAACAGGAUUUCCAGAUCAAGGCAGCACUGGUGAAAAUACCCGACAGAGUUCUACAAGGACUAGUGUAUCCCAGUAUAACCGCCUGGAUCAGUAUGAAAUCAGAAGCCUCUUGAUGUGCUACCUGUAUAUAGUAAAAAUGAUUUCAGAAGAUACUCUCUUAACUUACUGGAAUAAAGUGUCUCCCCAGGAGCUCAUAAACAUUCUUAUACUUUUAGAAGUAUGCUUGUUUCACUUUAGAUAUAUGGGGAAAAGAAAUAUAGCAAGGGUACAUGAUGCCUGGCUGUCAAAACACUUUGGAAUAGACCGAAAAUCGCAAACCAUGCCUGCUCUCCGAAACAGAUCAGGAGUAAUGCAGGCUCGGCUUCAGCAUCUUAGUAGCCUAGAAAGUUCAUUCACACUUAAUCACAGUUCUACAACAACUGAAGCAGACAUUUUCCACCAGGCACUUCUUGAAGGCAAUACAGCUACUGAAGUUUCCCUAACAGUACUAGAUACCAUAUCAUUUUUCACUCAGUGCUUCAAGACCCAACUUUUAAAUAAUGAUGGCCACAACCCAUUAAUGAAAAAAGUGUUUGAUAUCCAUCUUGCUUUUCUUAAAAAUGGACAAUCUGAAGUAUCGCUGAAACAUGUAUUUGCCUCACUGAGAGCCUUCAUCAGUAAGUUCCCUUCAGCCUUUUUCAAAGGAAGAGUAAACAUGUGUGCUGCAUUUUGCUAUGAGGUUUUAAAGUGCUGCACAUCAAAGAUUAGCUCAACCAGGAAUGAAGCAUCUGCACUUUUGUAUCUUUUGAUGAGAAACAACUUUGAGUAUACCAAAAGGAAAACCUUCCUGAGGACACAUCUACAGAUAAUAAUUGCUGUAAGCCAACUGAUAGCUGACGUAGCACUAAGCGGAGGAUCAAGAUUUCAGGAGUCUUUAUUCAUAAUCAAUAAUUUUGCAAAUAGUGACAGACCUAUGAAGGCAACUGCCUUUCCCACAGAAGUCAAAGACUUGACCAAGAGAAUCCGCACUGUUCUUAUGGCCACUGCCCAAAUGAAGGAGCAUGAGAAAGACCCUGAAAUGCUAAUUGAUCUCCAGUAUAGCUUAGCCAAGUCCUAUGCAAGCACCCCAGAGCUCAGGAAAACCUGGCUUGAUAGCAUGGCCAAGAUUCAUGUUAAAAAUGGAGAUUUUUCAGAGGCUGCGAUGUGUUAUGUCCAUGUAGCAGCUCUAGUUGCAGAGUUUCUUCAUCGAAAAAAAUUAUUUCCUAAUGGAUGUUCAGCCUUCAAGAAAAUUACUCCCAAUAUAGAUGAAGAAGGAGCAAUGAAAGAAGAUGCUGGGAUGAUGGAUGUCCAUUAUAGUGAAGAAGUCUUGCUGGAGUUGCUAGAACAAUGCGUAGAUGGCUUAUGGAAGGCAGAACGUUAUGAAAUAAUUUCUGAGAUUUCCAAGUUGAUCAUUCCAAUUUAUGAGAAACGUCGUGAGUUUGAGAAACUUACUCAAGUUUAUAGAACUCUUCAUGGAGCUUAUACAAAAAUUCUGGAAGUUAUGCAUACAAAGAAAAGACUUUUAGGCACUUUCUUCAGAGUUGCUUUUUAUGGCCAAUCUUUUUUUGAAGAAGAAGAUGGAAAGGAGUACAUCUAUAAAGAACCAAAGCUCACUGGCCUCUCAGAAAUUUCCUUGAGACUUGUUAAACUUUAUGGUGAAAAAUUUGGUACAGAGAAUGUCAAAAUAAUUCAGGAUUCAGACAAGGUAAAUGCCAAAGAGCUUGAUCCAAAAUAUGCUCAUAUACAAGUUACUUAUGUGAAGCCUUACAUUGAUGACAAAGAACUCACAGAAAGAAAGACUGAGUUUGAAAGAAAUCAUAAUAUCAGCAGAUUUGUUUUUGAGGCUCCUUACACUUUAUCAGGAAAAAAACAGGGCUGUAUAGAAGAACAGUGCAAACGCCGUACAAUCUUGACAACUUCAAACUCAUUUCCCUAUGUGAAGAAGAGGAUUCCUAUUACUUGUGAACAGCAGAUUAAUUUAAAACCAAUUGACGUUGCCACCGAUGAAAUAAAAGAUAAAACUGCAGAGCUGCAAAAGCUUUGCUCCUCUGCUGACGUGGACAUGAUUCAGCUCCAACUUAAAUUGCAGGGCUGUGUUUCUGUGCAGGUCAAUGCUGGUCCAUUAGCGUAUGCAAGGGCUUUCUUAAAUGACAGCCAAGCUAGCAAGUAUCCACCUAAGAAAGUGAGUGAGUUGAAAGACAUGUUUAGGAAAUUCAUACAAGCAUGCAGCAUUGCACUUGAACUAAAUGAGCGGCUCAUUAAAGAAGAUCAAGUUGAAUACCAUGAAGGGCUAAAGUCAAAUUUCAGAGAGAUGGUAAAAGAAUUAUCGGACAUUAUCCAUGAGCAGAUAUUACAAGAAGAUACAAUGCAUUCUCCCUGGAUGAGCAACACAUUACAUGUAUUUUGUGCAAUUAGUGGUACAUCGAGUGACCGAGGUUAUGGUUCCCCAAGAUACACUGAAGUGUGAGGAAAUGCAGAUGUACAUGACAAUGAGACUGACUUUUCUCAGGAAUAUUUGGAGCUGUGCAAAUGUUAAAAUUUAAAGAUUUGACAUACAUGGAGUGUUUCUUCUUGACACCAAAAUUUUCAUGCAUUCCAACAGGGUGCUUACAUAUUUGUAAAUAUUUAAGCAACUUGAAAGUGCCUGGAAAAUUGCACCACUGUGCUUGGUUUGUACUUUUUUAGAUAAAUCUAUAUGCUGAAAAGUAGAGCUCAAAAACAGUAGUUCAAUUUGCUUAAUUAUUGCUUAAAAUAAUGGUACUAUGUAAAAUUGUAUAAUGAAAUACAAUAAAAGGUAAAACUUAUUUGUAA